UUAAAGCUUGUUGUCUUUUCGGCUGCUUUUCCUCUUGCUCUUCUUGUUUGGGGUCACGGGCUGUCCUGCGGCCUGUCUCAGACUGGACUUGAGCUUGGCGCGCAUCUCGUCCUGACGUGCCUGAGACGACAUGAGAAAGCAGCCUGUGAACGAGGCCCCAGGGGUGCGUUCAUGUACCUUGAUCUCCUCUCGGGCGGCCUCGGUCUCGUGCUGGCACUGUUGGCCUUGGCUUUGCUCCAAAGCCAUGUACUCCGGCAGCAUCUUGUGCAGUGAGUCAACGCCGCAAACGGGGUCCAGCUGCUGGGUCAUGCAGCAGGCCUCUCGCAGAUGGGCGUCCCAGCAGGUGGGCAGCUUCCAGAGCGGAUACCGAGUGCCGUCCUCGUAUUUGAAGGGGACGCCGAGGUCUGGGAUCACCGGCUUGGUGAACCGCACCUUGAAGCGUCGCUCGAUGGGAUGGCUCGUGUUGGCUCCGGCUGCCCCGAUAGAGAUAGUGUAUGAGGAUUCUCCCGUCGUUUCGUCGCGGCCUGUCCGCUCAAAGCGAAUCUCAGCCUGCUCCGCUGCUUUCAUGCCUGUUUGUCAAGCAUUGUGCAUGAGGAACUCUGUUUGCAUGCGCAUCAAAAGUGCAACUCAUGUCUCUGUCGGUCUUUGCUCACCGUAGCAGCAGAGGGAUUUAGGCAGCUCUCCGAGAUAGUGGAAUCUGUCUAGGACAGAGUGGUGGAGUACUGGGGAGGUGUGCUGCUUGGCCGCACAGUCGAAGAGUCUGCAGCCGCGAACAAUCACACACAAGCCACCUGGUGUGCAUGUCUCCUCUCAUUUCACGGCACAAAUCCCCUACCCUCGAGGCCGGGUCACGGCAGCCAUCCUGCGAUGAGCAAAGAGGAGGCAGGAGCGCCGUGCAGUCAGAAAAAUGGCUUUGUAUGGCUCUCACCUAGCCGCCCCAUUGCCAAUGAGCGGAAUGGAGGCCAGUUUCUUGAGCUGGCUGAUUUGACCCUCCCAGCCCGCUGUGGCCGUCUGGUCGUGCACGUCGCCAGUCAGGUCGUACACAUAGUUGCGAACACUAGAGCCGUAGUAAGAGGUCGACGAGACGCGCUGCGUGACGGCAGAGGAGGGCCAGGAGCUUUUCAGCAAGGCCCCGUGCGCCUCCAUGUGCUUCAGCAUGAACCUGACACACAAGCGCAAGGUGAGGGCAUUGGGUGGGUGUACGGCGUGUCCUCCGUAUAGGUAUCGUGACGCACUGACAUGAGGGGUAUGUGAGACAGCCGGUGGCCGCCUUUCUGCCCGGUGAGCUUUCCAUCCUCGUGCUCGUACAUCCACCCACCUCCUGCGUCGGAAUGAUCGCCUGAACGCCCAUCCACACAAUGCAUCCAUACACAAACACAUCCGACCCACAAAAGCCGGGGCGAAAUGUAUUUCCCUACCUGCAAACCAGACAUUCUGAAACUGUGCAGGUCCCCGGGCGAAACGGCAGACGUCUUCAGGGGUGUUGAGUGUUGGGUAGGGGAGGCACUCCCAAGUCCCUCUCAU